AACAGCAAAAUCGUAGGAUUGCUGUAAACGGAAGCCGACACGAACAGACUCACGGCGCGUUGAGAAAUUCCACGCGUGCAGAGAGACCCCUCCCCUCCGUAUUCGAAGCCCCCCGAGAGGCAACGCGAAGGGAAAGAGCCAGACGAGAUGCACGGCCGGGCGUUCGGCACCCUCCUCCGCGGGGGGUCGCGGGACCUGGCAUCCUCCUCCUCCUCGGCGGCGGCGGCGGGCUCGCUCCGGCCGGGGCCGACCACGUGGGCCCAGUACCGCGCCAUAUCGGCCACCCCGAGCCUGCGGUCGUCAUCCGACGACAACGACGGCAGCGACCCCAGCCGGCCCAGCAACCCCCGCGAGCGGGCGCGGGCGGCCGCAGAGUCCCUCGGCGGCCUCAGCGGAGGCAGCGCCCCCGGGCAGUCCCCGCUGUCCGAGCGGAUCAACAGACAGUUCGCGGCCCCGACAAACGUCCGCAGCCUCCCGCGCCGGCCACUGGAGCACCCUGGCGAGAACGCGAGCGGUGGUGGUGUUUUCAGCAUCGGCGGCGACGGCGGCGGCGCCCCCCCGCGUGUGGUCAGCCCACCGAGGUCUAUGCUGUCCCGCGGCGCUCUAGUCAGGCCACCAAGCACGUUGGGCUCCCGUGGCAACAUUGUCAGGGCACCCAGCACCCUCGGUCGGGGAGGAGGCGGCGGACUCAGGGGCGGCAGCGGACCCAGGGGUGGCGGAGCAGGAGGGUUCAUAAGGGCCGAUGGCGGUUUUGGCGGCGGUCACGGCGGCGAUAGUUUUGGCCGUGGUGGUGGUGGUUUUGGCGGCGGUAGUUUUGGCCGUGGUGGUGGUGGUUUUGGCGGCGGCGGUUUUGGCGGCGGCGGUCGCGGUGGAUUUGGUGGGCGUGGCGGGCGCGGUGGUCGCGGUGGUCGCGGUGGACGAGACGGCCGCGGCGGCCGGGGCCGAGACCAGCGGGAAAAGCGCGACGACGAGCACGGCGUGGAUGCCAAGAAGAACCCCGGGCUCGGCGACUCCACCGCGGAGAAGGCGUGGAUGGCGGCGCGCGACCAGGGCGAGGAGCGGUCGUACGUCCCCUCGCUGACGGCCGAGUCGCUGGCCGGCUGGGGCCCCGCGAUGCCCAGCUCGGCGGGCGGCCGCGGCAUGGUCGAGACGGCGAUGCGGUCCAUGCGCAUCCUGGGCGGCGGCCAGCCCUUCGAGCCCGGCUGGAACAACGACCCCGUCGACAACGCCGAGCGCUACGAGGCCGGCAAGCCCGUCUUCUUCGCCGACCCGGCCGAGCGCCAGUGGCUGGUGGAGAACUCGGACCUCGAAGAGGUCCGCGACGCCAGCGAGGAGACGCGGCAGGCCAUUGUCGACGCCGCCCUCCAGGGCAACAUCGCCGCCCCGCCACAGUACGUGCCCCCCGGCGCCGGCAACCCCCUCGCCACCGUCAACAUGUACCUCGCCCGCGAAGCCACCUACGGGUCGGCCCAGGCAAAGGCGUUUGCGGAUAAGUUUGCCUCCCUCCUCCCCGGAGCAGCCAGGGGAGGUGCUAGGGGUGCCACCUCCGCCCAAACGCAGGCUCGUCCUUAAUCCGCAUACCCGGGUGAAUCGAAAGUCCUAGGAUGAUGUACAUAGCUAUGGUAUCUUGAGAGGAAAACGGACCUACGACAGACGCAUCAAGACCCAGUGGUAGCCUGACGCUCGUUUGGACGCGUGAGCAUUUGUCCAUUUAUGUCGUGAGGGAGAGCACCGCAAUCUUACGGGUGGUGGACGAUACCGCUUCUAUUGUACAUUUGUAGAAACAAAGAACCUUUUUUUAACCACCCUG